UCCCAUUUCUCCGAAGCUGCUUCGUAUAUGUGUGAUUUCUUUCUUUAAUGACCAGACAUGAACUUAUGAAUUGAUUUAAGAAAUAUGACUAACUGACGGAAUUAACGAGGUCCCUUAUUAGGCAACUUAGUAUAUGACCCGACAGAGGCCACAUUAUUUUUUUACUUUAUUUUAUUUCGUGUGAUUUGUUGGUUCGAGGUUGAUUUGGAAAUACACCAAUUGCCUCUGACGUCAUUGCAGACUCUAUUCCCAUUUUAUUUAUUACCUUGUUCUCACUGAAAGACAUCUAACUGUUGAUUAGUGAGUUUCAUUAUUGUUUGGUUUAGGAAGAAGUGAAGGUUUGUGCAUAGAACUUUACAAGUUUGGAUAAAUAUGAUGUCUACUACUCGGACAUAUUUCGCUUGGAUUAUUGUUGCUAUUUAUGUUAUUCUUCCAAUUACAAUAUGUCAAGAAACAACAACAGCGUGUAAUAAAGCUGCAAGAACUGAAGCUUAUAUAGAAACUGCUGCUGGUUUACUUAGCCAAGCAAGAGAAAGUAUGCCUCCCGAGGGAGGAACGGACUGCAGUUGUCCACCUAAGCCCAUGGAUUGUGACGAAGUAAUGCAGUGUGGACAGAAUAGAAGUGGCGUCUAUGAAAUUUGGCCUCGAAAUCGCAUCAUGUCUGGAAGCAUCACUGUGUUUUGUGACAUGGAAACGAAUGGUGGAGGAUGGACAGUCAUUCAAAGGAGAGGGAAUUUUAAGAGACCAUCAGACUUUUUCUUAAAACGUUGGCACUUAUACAAGAGUGGAUUUGGUGAUCUUAGACGAGAUUUUUGGCUAGGCAACGACAAUAUCUAUGCACUAACUAAUCAAAAGAAGUAUUAUCUUCGCAUUGAUUUGAGUGAUCACCAAAAUAAUUCCCGCUAUGCAUUCUACGAUCAGUUUUGGAUAGACAACGAGAGUCAGUUCUACAAGCUUCACAUCUAUGACUUCAGUGGAGAUGCUGGUGACUCACUAGCUCGGGCUCAUGGUAAUCAGCAGUUUUCAACCAUCGAUCGAGACAAUGAUAACAGCACUCGACUGUGCGCAAAUGAGCAUAAAGGUGGAUGGUGGUACGCAGAUUGUGCAGAUUCUAAUCUCAACGGUUUAUACAAAAAUCUUUCAGAGAAGAACAGUGAAGGUAUUGUGUGGCGCACUUGGAAAGGCAUGACAGAGCCAUUAAAAUUCGUAGAAAUGAAAGUGAGACCAGCCGACUUCAAGACAGAUCUACUGGAUAUGGAUAUUGAGCCGGCGUAGUGAAAAUGUUUGUUUUAUCAUUUUUGUAAAAAGCAGAAAGUCAGAAGUAUUUAUAAAGUUUAACUAAAA